AUGGACUAUGCACUUAGUAUUGUAGCUCGCUACAACCGUACCAGCUAUUUCUACCCCACGUUCUCAGAAAGUUCGGAGCACAGCCACCUGCUCGUGUCUCCUGUGCUGGUGGCAAGUGCAGUCAUAGGUGUGGUCAUCAUCCUCUCCUGCAUUACCAUCAUCGUUGGCAGCAUCCGCAGGGACCGGCAGGCCCGGCUCCAGCGUCACCGCCACCGCCACCGCCGCCACCAUCACCACCACCAUCACCACCGCCGCCGCCGCCAUCGAGAGUAUGAGCAAGGCUACGUGUCUGAUGGGACCUACAGCCGCUCGAGCCACAGGAUUCGCUACAGCUGCAGCCCUGUCGAAGACUGGUCCCCGCCCUUAGAUCUCAGCUCUGAUGGGGACGUGGAUGUCACAGUGCUUCGAGACCUGUACCCAGAUUCUCCCCCAGGGGUCACUCUGAGCAGACUUCUCUGGCCAGAGAAAACAUACACUGGGAACUUUGCCUACCGGGUGCAGCCUGUGCUUUCUGAACAAACACUGCACACCAUUCUGGGCAGGCUGGGCUAUGUGGCCACCUCUGAGGCGGAGUUUUCGCUGGUCCAGGCCAUCAGCAAGGAGGACGCCGAGCAGAUGGUGUUUGAAAUCUUCCUGGCGAGAGUUACAUGUGAGGCCAUUCUGGGGACCUCGAGCAGGCAGGUCCUGGGACUGGGCAGAGAGAAACCCUACCGCAGGCGCAGCUCCAAGAGAAAGCUGGCGAAGGCCCACAACUGCCCCGAGGGGGCCCAGCCAGGCCCCCAAGAAGGGCUGGGAUCUGAGAGGGCCCUGGCUGAGGGCCCUGACCAUCAGAGCACUGUGCCAACGGCCCCGAGCCUGUCUGAGGUCUCAACAUCCCCCCGCACCCUCCGUGCCGGCCCCCAGCUCCCCCUAGACUCCCAGCGCCGUGCCAGCACACGCUCGGACAGUGAGGAGUUCUUGACCUGCUACAGUGACCUUGUUCUGCACCGGACACCCCUGUUCCCCAGGGACUUUCCCCUGCGCGGCCUGAAGGGAGACCAAGCCCAGGGCCCAGCCCUGGCUCCCAGCCCACCUGCAGGUGAAGCACUCACCUCCUUGGGCAGCAGCGGUGAGUGGUCCCUUGUCCCCAGUGCAGCUCCUGAGAGCAGAGUGGUCACCAACCCCAGGCAGCCCCGGCUGACACCAGGCCCCAAGUUGUCAGGGAAACCCUUGGACCCAAAGCCAGAAGCACAGCCGGAGCCGACCGCCCCUGACGCAGACACUGUUCCUCCAAACACUUCCUCUGAGUUGGACGAGCUCUGUGAACACCUCUCCCACCUCCUCGGACCCCCAACUCUAGCAGACCAUCCUGGGGGCCUCCCAGGCCCUGGGGUUGAGGACACUAGACAAUCAGAACCUCUCACGGGGCCAGAGCCAGCCGCUGAGGCCGGGGGCCCAGACAGUAGGAUCACCCAACUCUGGAGGCCUACUCAGAACCCCCUCAUGUAUGGGGGCCCCCGACACUAUGUUCCCCCAGGGGAGCUGGAGGGGCCAGUUCUGACCCAAGAACACCACCCAGGCAAUAGCUAA